ACAGAUUCCUAGUGUUACUUAACCGUCUCCAAACUUCUUGGAGAUUUCAACAUUCCCGGAAAAAAUGAAAAAGAGCAUAUGUACUAGAUUUUGGAACAAAGAGAGUGCCGAUUGUUCUAAAGAACAAACGCUAACCGAGUCAACUCAUGAAGCAAACUCGACGGUGAAAUGGGUCGAUUGUUGUGAAACUUGUCUAGAGGGUGGUAAGAAGUCGUGCAAGUGUGGUAAUAUAAACCCUGAUAAAGAUGAGUUGCACUUUGAGGUGAAGAACGAGUCAAAUGAUGAGCAAGUUUGUCCACAUGAAGCUAAUAGUUCUUUCCUUCAUUCGGUAGUUAAUAUGAUUGGAAUGCUCAUAGGUCUUGGACAACUCUCAACACCAUACGCACUAGAAAACGGAGGGUGGAUCUCUUCAUUCCUGCUUAUAGCCCUCGGAGUCGCAACCGCAUACACAUCCCACAUCCUCGGAAAAUGCCUAGAAAGCAACCGAAAAACAAGAAACUACACUGAUAUCGGCUACCACGCCUUCGGCACCCAUGGUCGAGCCAUCACUGCGGCAUUCAUCUACUUAGAGAUCUUCAUGUCUCUUGUUUCCUACACCAUAUCAUUACACGACAACUUGAACAUGGUCUUCCUAGGAACCCAUGUUCGGUUCUCCUGGGUGCAUCAUUUGUCCACCUCUCAAGUCCUGACCGUGUUGGCGGUGCUGGUGGCGUUGCCUAGCCUUUGGCUGAGAGAUUUGUCGUCCAUUUCGUUCCUCUCUACUGGCGGCAUCAUCAUGUCGAUGUUGAUUUUUGUGACUGUGGUGUGCACGGCCGUGUUUGGAGGCGUAUCCGCUAAUCAUGCUAUCCCGGCUCUACGGCUACGGAACAUACCUCAUAUAUCCGGGUUGUAUAUAUUUGGAUACGGUGGUCAUAUUGUUUUUCCUGAUAUACAUAGGGCGAUGAAGGACCCAUCAAAGUUUACAAAGGUAUCAAUAGUGAGCUUCACAUUUGUGACCUUGCUCUAUACAUCCUUAGCAUUCAUGGGUGCCAAACUAUUUGGUCCGGAAGUAAAUUCCCAAAUUACCCUUAGCAUGCCUCGAGGCCUUGUGUUCACUAAAAUCGCACUUUGGGCUACAGUGUUGACACCAAUGACGAAAUAUGCAUUAGAAUUUGCACCCUUUGCAAUCCAACUCGAGCAUCGGUUUCUUUAUUCCAUGAAGUCACACACCAAAAUGAUCAUACGGGGCACCAUUGGCUCGGUUUUGUUACUACUCAUACUCGUUUUGGCCCUAAGCGUGCCCUACUUCCAAUACGUGCUUGGCCUUACAGGCUCACUCGUAACUGUGGCAAUUAUACUUAUUUUACCAUCGGUUUUUUACAUCAAGAUCUUUUGGGAGAAGAUAUCAAGGCCCAUUUUGGCUCUUAACGUGUUCCUCAUCGCAAUCGGCUUUCUUCUUGGGGUGUCGGGAACAAUCUCAUCUUUGAAGUUGCUUGUUGAAAGUUUUGAGAGGAUCCACACGGCUUCAUAAACAUAUAUACUUGUCGUAUGUAUGUGAGUCAUAUCCGUCCAUUAACCCGACCCGUUAUUUAAAAAAAUGAGUUGUAAUGGGUUCUAUCUAUAUUGCCAAAUGAGUGAUAAAAUAAACGGUAUAAUGAGUUAAUAAUCGUUUGAUCAAAUGAGUUCAAAUGUUACGUUUGCCAUCAUGUCAUGUAAGUAUAUAUUAACUUGUAGAUUUCCUAUUAAC